ACGCAACUAUCUAACAUAUACCUAUUAACAUACACCCAUUAAUACACAUACACAUAUCUAAGUAUAUAUUAAACAUGUAGCAUACGACCGAACUCAAUUAUCACUAACACUCCCCCUUAAUUUAGUUUCGGUCUAACUCUAAUUGUCUGUCAACAGUCUUGGAGUCUCCAUGAAUUUCAUCACGUGUACUCCGUGAUCUUCUGUCACUUCUACUCCAAAUGUUCUGGCAACCUUCUUCCACUCACUUUUUCUUCGUUUAUCCCAGCUUUCAACUUCAUAGUCAAUAUUCUUCUUCCUUGAGGAUCAUUUAUGGAACAGCGAUUGAAACACCUCUUUGAUGAUCUUCUCUCCUUGGCUUGUCAUCACUUGGAUAUUCCCUGCAACUGCCUACUUCUCCCUUUUAUCUCUUGGGUAAACAGUUCCUUUCUUGCUUGGUGUCUUCCUUUGAACACCAUCAGAUUCACGUCUCGUGCGUGAAACGUUUUCACGUCUUCAUCGGUUAUCUUAUCAACCGAUUUAUGCUCCGUUUUUUCUAUGAGGUAAGCAUCCUCCUUUAGUGCUUGGUGUUCAAUUUGAUCACCAUAAAGUGCUCCAUUUUUUCUUUGAGGUAAGCAUCCUCCUUUAUUGGUUGGUGUCACUCUUUGAUCACCAUCACGCCUCUGUGACGUCUCUUCUUCGGUUAUCUGUAUAACCUCACAAUUUGUGCAGUGCGUGAAUCUUCUCCACGUCUUCCUCGAACAAGCUUCAGAAUUCUCCUUCCACAACUCAAAGGAGAAUAAAAGAAAAUAAAGUUCUUGUCAUUCUUGAUGAUGUGGAUAAUCUAAAGUUACUUGAGACCUUGGUGGGAAAAACUGAAUGGUUUGGAUCAGGAAGCAGAAUUAUUGUGAUCACCCAAGAUAGGCAACUUCUCGAGGCUCAUAAGAUUGAUCUUAUAUAUGAAGUGGAGUUCCCAUCUAAAGCUCUUGCUCUUAAGAUGUUAUGCCGUUCUGCUUUUGAGCAAGACUCCCCACCCCGUGGUUUUAUGGAAGUCACAGUUAAAGUGGCCGAGCUCGCAGGUUAUCUUCCUUUGGGUCUGAGUAUGUUGGGUUCGUCUUUAAGAGGAAGGGGAAAAAAAGAGUGGGGGGAGAUGCUGUCUGAGCUCCAAAAUGGUUUGCACGAAGAUAUUGAGAAAAUAUUAAGAGCUAGGGCACGGAAACUCUGGUAGGAAUAUAUUUCAACACAUCAGAUAUCAGUGAGCCAUUUUUGAUACAGGAAAAGUCGUUCGAAGGCAUGUGUAAUCUCCAGUUUCUAAUAGUUUGCGAUUAUGGCUGGGGGCGAAAGAACGAAGCCAGCAGAUUGUAUCUACCUCAGGGACUCGUUUAUUUGCCCCGUAAACUCAGAUUGCUAAUCUGGAAUAACUUUCCACUAAAGAGUUUUCCAUCUAAUUUUAAGGCCGAGUUUCUCGUUGAACUAGAAAUGGAGGAUAGUAAGCUUGAGAAGCUGUGGGAAGGAACUCAGGCACUUGGAAGCCUCAAGAAGAUAAAUAUGCGUAAUUCGAGAUAUUUGAAAGAAAUUCCAGAUCUAUCUUUAGCCAUAAACCUUGAGAAAUUAUAUCUUUUUGGAUGCAAGUCCUUGUUGACACUUCAUUCCUCGAUUCAGUAUGUCAUUAAACUUAGGAGGUUAAAUAUGGGGAAUUGCACAAAGCUAGAGAGUGUUCCAACUCAUGUCAACUUGAAAUGCUGGAAGUCUCUAGAGUACCUCAAUCUCAGAGGAUGUAUCCGGUUGAGAAAUUUCCCUCAGAUUUCGUUGUACAAUUCAACCGGUUUCUUUUGGUCGGAAUUAAUAUUAACCCUCAGUUAUCUUGAGCAGGCGUCUUCUUCUUCUCGCAGCAGAUACGAUGUUUUCUCAAGCUUCAGUGGGGACGAUGUUUUCUCAAGCCAUUUUAAGAAGGAGCUCCACCACAAAUCAAUCAGUACAUUCAUGGACCACGGGAUCGUGAGAAGUCGCUCAAUCGGCACUUCGCUUUUAUCGGCGAUUAGAGAAUCGAGGAUCUCAAUCGUCAUCUUCUCUAAGAACUACGCUUCUUCCACCUGGUGCUUAAAUGAAUUGGUGGAGAUCCAUGAUCAGUCUUGUAAGACAUUGUUAGGGAGAAGAUCAGUCAUUCCGAUUUUCUACGACGUUGAUCCUUCGGAAGUUAGAAAACAGACCGGUGAAUUUGGCGAGGCCUUCAAAUUGACAUGCGAGCGCAGACCAGAGGACAAACAAAGAUGGAUACAAGCUCUCAGGGAUGUAGCUAGUUUGGCUGGAGAGGAUUAUCGAAACUGGCCUGACGAAGCAACCAUGAUUGCAAAGAUAUCCGAAGAUGUUUCAAAUAACAUUAUUACACAAUGGAUUUUUUUUGACGAAUCAGUCGGACUUGAAGCUCAUAUAGGUAACGAGUUCAAUAUCAGGAAGAGAAGAUGGUAGGAAUUGCUGGACCUUCAGGGCAAUUCGAGAUGACUAUGUCAUGAACACUGGGAAGAACAGUUUAUGUAAGAAAUUCUUGAACAAAAUGGAUAUAAAGAUAGAGCAAUUAGUGUGGUGGAGUGGAGCAAUGGCUUAAAGCACAAGAAAGUUCUUAUAUAUCGUUCUUGAUGCUUGAUGAUCUAGGUCUGUUAAAGACCUUCGUGGGAGAAACUGGAUAGUUUAAUUGUGCUUCCUAGCAAAACUAUCGUGUGUUGAUGACUAAAAGAUAUGGAAGA